AGACAGGGCAGGAAAGUCUUAGAAAUUCUUAUCUCCAAUUUACCAGCAAAAAGCUAGAAGUGGAGAUAUGGCUCAAGUGAUAAGGACAGCACACAAGCUUUAAUUCCAAGUGUGACAUGAUCUUGGCUCUAUACUGAUAAUGCUUGAACCUGCAUCCCAUUUGUGAACAGUCUUGUCCUCAGAAUGUGGUAGGUGUGUUUGUUGCAUCACUUCAUUGAAUUCUUGUAAUAACAAUUAUGAAGUCAGGUCCCACCCCCUUCCUCCCCCCAAUUCUCUCUGGAGAGAGAAACCUGCAGGAGGGGUUGCCUGUAGCUUAGCUGAUUAGCAGUGUGGAAGAUCUGUUCAGAAAGCCACACAGGGCUGUGUUCUAAACCCUCCACUCCACUGUCUUUACUCACAGGAUUCAAGGAAGCCUUGCUCUUGAACUUCUGUCUCUCUUGCUGGCUCCAGGCACAGUCAGUUUUGGGGAGGACUCUGCAUGAUCAAAAGGGAGACUGUUGGAGCAGAACUGCUGGGCAGAAGCUGACAUUGCAUUGUCACAUGUCAUCACUUUCUUAAUAGACUGGAAAAAAUUCAGCCAGAAGUUUCCUCGCCUGCAUCUGCCUCAAAGCAGAGAUAACCUUUUACAAGAUCAAGGAACAUGGCCUUCAGCUUCCCUUUCCAUGUUUCCUAUAAGUUCCGGCUGCUGUUCCUUUUCACCGUAUGCCUGACAGUGGUGGGGUGGGCCACCAGUAACUACCUCGUGGGUACUGUGCAAGAGAUUCCCAAAGCGAAGGACUUCAUCGCAAAUUUCAACAAGGCCGUCGCUUCUGGGAAGGAAGACAGUGGGCCCAGCGAAGUAUCCUUGAGGCAGGCUGAACUUGACAGCUGUCCUUCUGUGUCUCCAAACCUCCGAGGUCAGAGCAAGCUCAUCUUCAGAGAAGACCUCACAAUGGAGGAUGUCCAGGCCAGAAACCCCCAGGUGCACCGAGGCCGCUAUCACCCCAAGGAAUGCAAGGCUGUGCAGAAGGUCGCCAUCCUCAUUCCACACAGGAACAGAGAGAAACACCUGAUGUACCUGCUGGAACACCUCCACCCCUUCCUGCAGAGACAGCAGCUGGACUACGGCAUCUACAUCAUCCACCAGGCUGGAACGAAAAAGUUUAAUCGAGCCAAACUCCUGAAUGUGGGAUAUUUGGAGGCUCUCAAGGAAGAAAACUGGGACUGCUUUAUAUUCCAUGAUGUGGACCUGGUGCCUGAGAAUGACUUCAACCUUUACAUGUGCGAGGAUCAGCCCAAGCACCUGGUGGUUGGCAGGAACAGCACCGGGUACAGGUUACGUUACAGUGGAUAUUUUGGGGGUGUCACCGCCCUCAGCAGAGAGCAGUUUUUCAAGGUGAAUGGAUUCUCUAACAACUACUGGGGCUGGGGAGGCGAAGACGACGACCUCAGACUCAGGGUUGAACUCCAAAAAAUGAAAGUAUCUCGGCCCAAGCCAGAAGUGGGUAAAUAUACCAUGAUCUUCCACACCAGAGACCCAGGCAAUGAGGUGAAUGUGGAAAGGAUGAAGCUCUUACAUCAGGUGUCACGAGUCUGGAGAAGAGAUGGCUUAACCAGUUGUUCUUACAAAUUACUGUCUGUGGAGCACAACCCUCUCUAUAUCAACAUUACUGUGGAUUUCUGGGUCGGUGCCUGACCCCCAGAUCUUUUGCUGAUGUCUAGAAGAACUGAUUAUUUAAUUGCAAUAGUUUUUGCCUAGAGGAUUUCCUGAAAGGCAUAUAUUCAGAACUUGGUUGCAGCUAAUUUAUUGGGCUGAAUUUUUUCCUUUAUGUAUUUUCUCAGGAGAAUUCCUGGCGAUAUGGAAUGUAGACCAUUGCAACAAGACAGCUUUUAAAAAUUUUUUAAAGUUGUUUUGAUCAAGGGGUAACUAUCAUAGUACUGGUACUUGAAGGACUCAAUACUUUGUGCCUAAAAAAGAUGGCCCAAAGGCUAGAAUGAAAGUGACUUGAGAACUGAUUGAAAUAGACUUAUGGGAUAAAAGGUUGAGGGAAAUAAGAUGGCUGGAUGUCUCAGAAAACCAGAAUUGUUCUCAUCUGACAUUGCAAGGUACGAGGAUGUGUUUCUGUGUUUUGUUUUGUUUUUUAAUUCUGCGUGGUUAUCUGUGAAGUGGUGGGUUUUGGGUAAGGAGGAGGCCACAGAGGGGAGAAGAAUGAAUUGCAGAGGCCGUGGGAAUGAAGAGGUGGCUGCAGGAUUGUGGCCACCAUUCAUCGCAGUGGACACCACCUGCCCAGAUACGCCUGCUGGUCCUAGCCCAGCAGAGGACACCUUAUCUACUAGUUUUUAAGACAUUUUUAUAAAAUGAUUUUUGUACAUGUUGGAUAUGAAUGACCAGUUUACACAUUAUAUACCAACUAAAAACAUAUCUACAAAGUACCUCUCUAGUAAAAUGUGAAAAAGAUUUGGGUGUUCAGUCUGUUUUUAUUUAUUGUUGUUUGAGGCCAAAAAUAUAUAUUCAGUGUCCAUAAUUCAAAACACAGAACAAAUGAAACAAACCGUCCAUGGUUCCUCUGAUGCUUCUCUUCCUUUCCUCCAUUUC